AUGGAUAAGUCUUGGAUGGGAGCAUACAGAACAUCAGAAACCUAUGUAAAAGGUGUUGCAGAAUUUAUCAAAUAUGCAGUGCGCAAUUACAAGAUUUCUAAACAUAUGGAUCCUGCAGAUACCAAAAAAAAGAUAAGAAUUCCCUGUCCAUGUGUUAAGUGUGUAAACCACAUAUGUCAUUCGGUGGAUGUGGUAGAUGAUCAUCUAUUCAGAAAUGGAAUUGAUCAAACAUACACAAAUUGGAAUAAGCAUGGAGAAACAGAAGAACCACCAAGAAGUUAUGUAUAUGAACAUAAUUUUGACAUGGAUACGUCAAAUGUUGUAGAUUCCACGAACAUGAACAUAGAAAUGCCAACAGAUGCUGCAGAAACUCUAGAGAUGGUUGAAGAUGUAGAAGAAAAUUUUAUUGGGAACCCUGAUAAGUUUAGAGAACCGAUAGAGGAUGCCGAGAAGCCCCUAUACACAGGGUGUCUUAAUUUCACAAAGUUAUCUGCAAUCAUUCAACUACUCAACUUGAAGAAAGGAAACGAAAUGUAUAGUAGUACAUAUGAGGCAAAAAAAGCAUUUAAGGCAAUGGGUUCAGGGUAUACUAAGAUACAUGCCUGUGUCAACAAUUGUAUACUUUACAGAAAAGAAUACACAGAUUUGGUAGCAUGUCCUACUUGUGGUAAAUCAAGAUGGAAGGUUGAUGAACAAAAAAAUAAAAUUUACAACAAUAUUCCUGCAAAAUGUUUGUGGUACUUUCCAAUUAUUCCGCGCUUCAAGCGUCUUUUCCAGUCUAAGACAACUACAAAAUAUUUAGCAUGGCACACAACAGAAAGAAUGGUGGAUGUUGGAGCUUUAAGUCACCCAGCUGAUUCACCAGCAUGGGCUGCCAUUGAUGACAAAUAUCCUGAUUUUGCUAGCGAACCAAGGAAUUUGCGACUAGGCAUUUCGGCGGACGGGGUUGAUGUGAACAGAGGAAAUAGGAGUCAUAGUGUUUGGCAUGUUUUAACUGUCAUUUACAACCUUCCACCAUGGUUGUGUAUGAAGAGAAAGUUCAUCAUGCUUUCGUUAUUGAUUUUGGGAACACCAAGAAACGAUAUUGAUGUGUUCCUAGCACUUUUUGUUGAUGAUCUGCAAUUAUUAUUUGAUUUUGGAGUUGAAACAUACGAUGUAUAUGCACAAGAGCAUUUUAAACUACACGUAGUUGUGUUAUGGACUAUUAAUGAUUAUCCUGCUUUAGGUACAUUGAGUGGCUGCCCAUACAACGGUUUUCAAGGUUGUGUUGUGUGUGGUGAAGAGACACACUGCAUUAGACUCCUUGAAUAG